AUGAUGCAGAACCCCUACAAGAUCUCCUUUAACAUACCUGGCGCACGAGAGGAGAAAUGCGGAUGUGAAGGACGAUGCGAGAUCGCGACGUGUCCGAACGCGGCGGAGAAGCAGGUAUGUGAGACUGUUACGUGCACGCCAGGCGCGAAAGCGUGCGACAACCGGUUCCGACAGCGACGCCUGGAGUUGAAGAUGACACGCACGGGAAUCGGCGUGGUGGCGACGCGGCCCAUACCAGCAGGAGGUGUGGUCUGCCAAUAUUAG